AUGGCUUCUAUCGAACCAGAAGCCCUUCGCGUCCUAAGCUUGGAUGGGGGAGGAAUCAAGGGUUAUACCAGCCUAAUCAUUCUCCAGCGAAUAUUCCGAACACUGCAAGAUAUAAAACCAUGCGACCCGCCCCUCAAGCCAUGCCAGGUCUUUGACCUUAUUGUCGGAACAUCUACUGGGGGAUUAAUUGCUAUCAUGCUUGGUCGCCUGGAGAUGAGUAUAGAGGAAGCGAUCAAUCAAUACGAGGUCGUCGGCCAGAAGGUAUUUGGUCAACGACCCUUCUUUGGCAAAUUUGCAAACGCAAUAGCAGGGGCACCCUUCUACGAUAUCCAUAUUCUCCAAGAAUGCGUCAAAGACGUCCUCAAAGAGAAGAAUAUUGCUCCGGAUGAGGAUUUUAUUGUCAAAGAUGGGAUACCGUCUUGUAGAGUUAAAGUCUGUGUCACUUCGAAGAUUACUUCUAAUGUAGAUGCUUUGAGGAGCUAUAGGAGUGUCCAUCCCACAAUAGUUAACUACGACUGUACCAUCUGGGAAGCCGCAAGUGCGACAUCUGCUGCUCCGGUAUUCUUCAAGUAUGUCAAAUUCCGAACUGGAGAUGAGUUUUUUGAUGGCGGACUUAGGAGAAACAACCCUGUUGAGGAAGCAUUGAAUGAGUGUCGUCAAGAGAAAGACCUAAAGGAUCGUGAGCUCGGUUGCUUAAUUAGCAUUGGAACAGGCUUUCAUAAAAUCGAAGGAAUUUCGUCUAGUCUUAGCCGUCUUCUAAAGGCGGCAGUAAGAAUGAUAACGGAUUCGCAAGAUACAGCAGAUCGGUUCUUACGUAGCGAUGAAGGAUUAAAGCUUGAGAGUUCAGGCCGCUAUUUUCGGUUCAAUGUCCCUCAAGGGAUGGAAGAUUUAAGGAUGGAUGAGCAUAAAGAGACAGUGAGAAUGAGAGCUUUAACCGAAAACUACCUGCACAAGAUGGAGAAUGGAAGAAUGGUUGCAAAAUGUGCAGAAGUUCUUUCUAAAUCAGACAAGCUAUGUAGCAAAGCUGAUUCUCCUAGAAAAAUCAAGUUACAUCUUGAUGAAAUAGGUACACAUUAUAGACUUUCAUGCGAAGAAUGCCUAAAGUCAUUACGUUUCCCUAUGAUGGACCAGUGGCGUCGACCUAGUAGAGAAUCAACUUCAGGUACCUGCAGCUGGCUAUUCCAACACAAAAUCUUCCAAGAUUGGCUCCAGUGUAGAGAUGUCCAAACCCACAGUGGACUUAUCUGGAUAAGUGGCAAGCCUGGAUCAGGGAAAUCAACUCUGAUGCUAGAAGCGUACCGUCACGUCUCAAAGCUACAGGAGCCAAAUAAGUAUUGUACCGCCGCCUUCUUCUUCAGCGCCAAAACCGAUUCAGAGCAGAGCAACUUGCUUCACAGUCCUGAAGGACUCUACCGCUCCUUGCUGCAUCAGUUGCUACCCCACCAUGAAGAGGGCUUGCGAAGGGUGGUGGAAGCCUACAAAGAGAAACUCACUGGCGUCAGUUCCUAUAAGGGCUAUGCAGUAUCAUGGCCUGAAGAAGAGCUCCGAAAGCUUUUUCAAUCAUUGUUCGAUGAAUCCUUCGCACCACGCACAGUAAUAUUUGUUGAUGCUAUGGACGAAUGCGAUAGCAACAGGGUGAGAGAGUUAGCUUUCUUCUUUCGAGGUUUAGCCAACCGUGCAAAUCUCAAAGGCCGGAAGCUUGACGUCUGCUUUUCAAGUACGCGCGUUGCGGUUGUUAAUCUUGGCAACUGUCCCUCGAUUGUAGUUGAAGAGAAUAACGAACUCGAUAUCUUACUUUAUCUCGAGGAAAACUUUGUAUGUGACGGCACAAAUAACCCUCGGGAUUUUAUCAGUCUAAAGAAUAAGAUCGCAGAGAUAUCUUCAGGUGUUUUUCUUUGGGUUGUUCUGGUUGUGGACCUACUUUUAGAAGAACUGGAUAAAGGAAGAAAUAUCAAAUAUCUAGAAGAUGAACGGUUGCCAGAGGUACCCCGCCGUCUGCAAGAUCUUUUCCGAGAUAUCUUGAGUCGAAUUAAAGAAGAGGAUAGAGAAAUCUCCCUACACUUCUUUCAAUGGGCCAUCCUUGCCGGCGAACUCCGCCUAAAAGAAUGGCGCCAUAUUUUCCCAUUUAUCGGUUGUCAUAAGCCCUUGUCUUUUGCGAAAGCUACGCAGUCCAAGCUAUAUUCGAAGACGGAUGAGCAACUAGAGAAACAAAUUCGACACGUCUCUAUGGGCCUAUUUGAAGUCGUAGGGAAAACAGGUCAAGCAUCUUCUGAAGGUACAGAUAUUGAUCACGAUUCCAUCAUUGGUGAUGCCGGUUCCUUGAAUUCAGACAUCGGGGACACGCGUGUUGUAGAUGCUAUACACUUAUCUGUCCGAGAGUUUUUUGUUCGCGAGGGCGGCUUCCAGAUUCUCAGCCCAGGACUAGGAUUCAAUGCUAUCGGCAAGGGAUAUAUCAGCAUCAUGGACACCUGUCUUGACUAUAUUGGAAUUCAAGAGUUCGAUUGCCUUGAGAGAGCCCGGCAAGGAACUACAUCGUCAUUAUCAUCAUCAUCAGACUCUCUCGGGGGGGUAUGCGACCGAGAGCAGUUCAGACAACUCAAACAUGUCAAAGUUUUCAGACGUCCGGCUGCCAAAUUCGACGGCGAAUCGGAUGAGUCGCUGCAUCCGCUUGAAAUUAAAGUCCAAUACAUUACGGGGAAGCUCACCACCCAGAGAUCCCGUACUAUCUGUCGAUCCGACGUUCCUCUCGUAUAUCUUGGCGACUUUUACUACCUACGCCCGAGCGGCUGA